CACAGAAAGCGUAUGCGAGGACAACAGUCCGAUUUGCUUGAAAGGACAAAGUCGCCGGGAAUAACAUGAGCAAUCCGGGUUUACUGCUCAGCGCAGCUGUUUUGAGUCUUGACGUCGUCAUUCUCAUCAUCCCUACCGAGUGCGAAUUGGAUGUGGAAGUCCAUGGGGUGGAGAAACUAAUCAAAACACGGGGUACAGACCAUGUCGAGAUGAUUGGACAGCGGACACGACACAUCAGCCCCGGCGGUCCGUCCCUAGCCUGCAUGCGUCCAACCAUGCAGAAUUUCAUGCAGACGGAAGUGAAAGCCGCACGAGUUUUGUCUGACAGUCUCUCCUGUGCGUACACGGAAAGAUCCCAGAUGGAGAAAGACCAGGCUGGCUGA